GCCUGGCUUAUCGGCAUGCAUGGAUGUGAGAUUGUUAGCCAAACACCGCGCGCGGUUGACGUCAUGUUCAAUGUUUCGUGGUCGCCCUCACGAAACUAACAAUUGUAUUCUUCCGAACGAACCUCGCGAUUGAUAUAGCGUCCAAGGUCAACAUGGGAACUGGACCAUUACUCACCGGCGCGUUGUGGAGUCUGCAGUAGCAUCUGCCCUUCCGUUUGACAUCGUCUGGGGCAGUUCUGCUGGUACUGCUUUGUGUCCGGACUAGCAAGACUUCAUAGCAUGAGCUCCUACUUGCCCUCUGCUCCGCAGCUUCGUCGCCUCACUCACACAACAGACGUGCCAUACCACCCCGCCACAGUCUUCGCGGCACUUACCGACGUGCCUUCCUAUCCCAGCGUACUUGACCUCAUCUCCACCAGCACGUUGACGGCGAAGGAUGCAAGUGGCCUUCCGAAGUCUGCCAAGCUGAAAGUCGGUUACCCAAGCUUAGGUAUUGCAGAGGAAUGGCCUUGUCUGUUGUCAUGCUCCCGCAACAACGGCGUGGUAGAGGUGCGAAGCAAGAACGGCGAUGCAGGUGCUGAAGGUUCCAUCAUCUUCGCGACAUGGUUACAGCGGUGGAAGAUCCAGCCCCCACCAACUACUGCUGGGUCUACUGGUGUUGCAGGGAAGAAGACGGCUAGACUUACGCUGGAGAUGGAGGUAAAGUUCAAAAGUAUCGUCUACGAUCAGAUGUUCGCACUGGUAGCCGAAGGAACAGCGGCGAAGUUUGUUAGUAAGUUUGAGCCCCGGUUCGCGGAGGUGGACGAGAAAGAGCGAAAGGAAGGGGUAGAGAAGUUGAGGGAGAAGGCGAAGGCUGAAGCUGCGAAGAAAGUGGUGACGACCAAGGACAGUGUUCCCGCCAAGUCUACGCCGAAGAAGCUCGAAGUGAGGUCUGCUGCGAAGACGGCAACAGCGUCAAAGCCUGCAGGCAAGCCAGCAGCAUGAAAUCAUACACGGAUACGUCCAUUUCCUCAGAUGUGGUCAGCCGAUAUAUUGCACCGAAACAGUCCGGACACAGUCAUGUCCA